CACGGCCUGGGCCCCGGCAGAGGCUGUGUGCCCGCGGCAGCCCCGACUGCUCUUCCAGCAAACCCGACUAAGGCUGGCAUGCCCCUCGCAAUGGGCUUCUACAGAGCCGAUGCUGCCACCAGCUUUCUGAGGGCGGCGCGAUCGGGAAACUUGGACAAAGCUUUGGACCACCUGAGGAAUGGGGUAGACAUCAACACCUGUAACCAGAAUGGGCUGAAUGGCUUGCAUCUGGCUUCGAAGGAAGGGCACGUGAAAAUGGUGGUGGAGCUUCUGCACAAGGAGAUCAUUCUAGAAACGACGACCAAGAAAGGAAACACAGCCCUGCACAUCGCUGCCCUUGCCGGCCAGGACGAGGUGGUCCGCGAACUGGUCAACUAUGGCGCCAACGUCAACGCCCAGUCGCAGAAAGGCUUCACACCCCUGUACAUGGCGGCACAAGAGAAUCACUUGGAAGUGGUUAAGUUCCUCCUGGAGAACGGCGCGAACCAGAACGUAGCUACAGAAGAUGGCUUCACGCCGCUGGCCGUGGCCCUGCAGCAGGGCCACGAGAACGUGGUGGCCCACCUCAUCAACUACGGGACGAAGGGCAAGGUGCGGCUCCCCGCCCUGCACAUCGCGGCCCGCAACGACGACACGCGGACGGCUGCGGUGCUGCUGCAGAACGACCCCAACCCCGACGUGCUUUCCAAGACGGGAUUUACCCCCCUCCACAUCGCAGCUCACUACGAGAACCUCAACGUGGCCCAGCUGCUCCUCAACCGGGGAGCCAGCGUCAACUUCACGCCCCAGAACGGCAUCACGCCCCUGCACAUCGCCUCCCGCAGGGGGAACGUGAUCAUGGUGCGGCUCCUGCUGGACCGGGGAGCUCAGAUAGAAACCAGGACCAAGGACGAAUUGACACCGCUCCACUGUGCGGCUCGGAACGGGCACGUGCGCAUCUCAGAGAUCCUGCUGGACCACGGGGCGCCCAUCCAAGCCAAAACCAAGAAUGGCUUAUCCCCAAUUCACAUGGCGGCUCAGGGAGACCACCUCGACUGUGUGCGGCUCCUGCUGCAGUACAACGCGGAGAUAGAUGACAUCACCCUGGACCACCUGACCCCGCUCCACGUGGCAGCCCACUGCGGCCAUCACAGGGUGGCCAAGGUCCUUUUGGAUAAAGGGGCCAAGCCAAACUCCAGAGCCUUGAAUGGCUUCACGCCCUUACACAUCGCCUGCAAGAAGAACCACAUCCGGGUCAUGGAGCUGCUGCUGAAGACUGGUGCCUCCAUCGACGCCUCCACGGAGUCCGGCCUGACCCCUCUCCACGUGGCCUCCUUCAUGGGGCACCUGCCCAUCGUGAAGAACCUCUUGCAGCGGGGGGCCUCGCCCAACGUCUCCAACGUGAAAGUGGAGACCCCGCUGCACAUGGCCGCCAGGGCAGGGCACACGGAAGUGGCCAAGUACUUGCUCCAGAACAAAGCCAAGGUCGAUGCCAAGGCCAAGGACGACCAGACCCCACUGCACUGUGCUGCUCGCAUCGGCCACACGAGCAUGGUGAAGCUCCUGCUGGAGAAUAACGCCAACGCCAAUCUGGCCACCACAGCCGGCCACACACCUCUGCACAUCGCAGCCCGAGAGGGCCACGUGGACACCGCCCUGGCCCUUCUGGAGAAGGAGGCGUCUCAGGCCUGCAUGACCAAGAAAGGAUUUACACCUCUCCACGUGGCAGCCAAGUACGGGAAGGUGAGGGUAGCAGAGCUUCUCCUGGAGCGGGACGCCCACCCCAACGCUGCGGGGAAGAACGGCCUGACGCCCCUGCACGUGGCUGUCCAUCACAACAACCUGGACGUGGUGAAGCUGCUGCUGCCGCGUGGCGGCUCCCCACACAGCCCUGCCUGGAAUGGCUACACCCCUUUGCACAUCGCUGCCAAGCAGAACCAGAUGGAGGUGGCCCGCAGCCUGCUGCAGUACGGGGGGUCAGCAAACGCCGAGUCGGUGCAAGGCGUGACCCCCCUGCACCUGGCUGCCCAGGAGGGCCAUGCCGAGAUGGUCGCCCUGCUCCUCUCCAAGCAAGCCAAUGGCAACCUGGGGAACAAGAGUGGACUCACUCCCCUCCAUCUGGUGGCACAGGAAGGCCAUGUUCCCGUGGCAGAUGUGCUGAUCAAACAUGGUGUCACGGUGGACGCCGCCACCCGGAUGGGUUACACGCCUCUCCACGUGGCCAGCCACUAUGGAAACAUCAAGCUGGUGAAAUUUCUGCUCCAACACCAGGCUGACGUCAAUGCCAAGACCAAGCUGGGGUACAGUCCCUUGCACCAGGCGGCCCAACAAGGACAUACGGACAUCGUGACCCUGCUUCUGAAAAAUGGUGCUUCCCCAAACGAGGUCAGCUCGAAUGGAACCACGCCCCUAGCAAUUGCCAAGCGGCUGGGCUACAUCUCCGUAACAGACGUGCUCAAGGUCGUCACAGAUGAAACCAGUGUGGUGUUAGUCGGUGACAAGCACCGGAUGAGCUUCCCUGAGACGGUGGACGAGAUCCUGGAUGUCUCUGAGGACGAAGGAACCGCUCAUAUAUCUCUAAUGGGGGAGGAACUGGUCGGCUCCAAGGCCGAGAGACAGGAUUCCAGGGACAUAGACGAGGAGAAGGAGCUGCUGGACUUCGUGCCGAAGCUAGACCAAGUGGUGGAAUCUCCAGCCAUCCCCAGGAUCCCUUGUGUCACCCCGGAGACCGUGGUGAUCAGAUCCGAAGAGCCAGAACAGGCAUCCAAAGAGUACGACGAACACACACUCAUCCCCAGCAGCCCAGCCACGGAGACCUCAGACAACAUCAGCCCGGUGGCCAGCCCAGUCCACACGGGGUUCCUGGUGAGCUUCAUGGUGGACGCCCGCGGGGGCUCCAUGCGGGGCAGCCGCCACAACGGCCUGCGAGUGGUGAUCCCGCCCCGCACCUGCGCGGCGCCCACGCGCAUCACCUGCCGCCUGGUCAAGCCCCAGAAGCUGAGCACGCCGCCCCCGCUGGCUGAGGAGGAAGGCCUGGCCAGCAGGAUCAUCGCGCUGGGGCCCACAGGGGCCCAGUUCUUGAGCCCCGUGAUUGUGGAGAUCCCCCACUUCGCCUCCCAUGGCCGCGGGGACCGCGAGCUUGUGGUUCUGAGGAGCGAGAACGGCUUGGUGUGGAAGGAGCACAAGAACCGCUACGGGGAGAGCUACCUGGACCAGAUCCUCAACGGCAUGGACGAGGAGCUGGGGAGCCUGGAGGAGCUGGAGCGGAGGCGGGUGUGCCGCAUCAUCACCAACGACUUCCCCCUGUACUUCGUGAUCAUGUCGCGGCUCUGCCAGGACUACGACACCAUCGGCCCGGAAGGGGGCUCCCUGAAGAGCAAGCUGGUGCCCCUGGUGCAGGCCACCUUCCCAGAAAACGCCGUCACCAAGAGAGUGAAGCUAGCUCUGCAGGCCCAGCCUGUCCCGGACGAUCUGGUCACCAAACUGCUGGGCAACCAGGCCACAUUCAGCCCUAUUGUCACCGUGGAACCUCGGCGCCGGAAGUUCCACCGCCCCAUCGGGCUUCGGAUCCCACUCCCUCCUUCCUGGACAGACAACCCAAGGGACAGUGGGGAGGGGGACACCACCAGCCUGCGCCUGCUCUGCAGCGUCAUCGGAGGCACAGACCAGGCCCAGUGGGAGGACAUAACAGGAACGACCAAGCUCGUGUACGCCAACGAGUGUGCCAACUUCACCACCAACGUCUCCGCCAGGUUCUGGCUGUCGGACUGUCCCCGGACAGCUGAGGCUGUGAACUUCGCCACUCUGCUGUACAAAGAGCUCACGGCCGUGCCCUACAUGGCCAAGUUCGUCAUUUUCGCCAAGAUGAAUGACCCCCGAGAAGGGCGGCUGCGCUGCUACUGCAUGACGGACGACAAAGUGGACAAGACCCUGGAGCAACACGAGAACUUCGUCGAGGUGGCCCGGAGCAGGGACAUAGAGGUUUUGGAAGGAAUGUCCCUGUUCGCCGAGCUCUCCGGGAACCUGGUACCCGUCAAAAAGGCUGCUCAGCAGAGGAGCUUCCACUUCCAGUCGUUCCGGGAGAACCGUCUGGCCAUCCCCGUGAAGGUGAGGGACAGCAGUCGGGAGCCAGGAGGGUCCUUGUCGUUCCUGCGCAAGGCAAUGAAGUACGAGGACGCCCAGCACAUCCUCUGCCACCUGAACAUCACCAUGCCCCCCUGCACCAAGGGAAGUGGAGCCGAGGACAGGAGAAGGACCCUGACGCCGCUGGCCCUGAGAUACAGCGUCCUCAGCGAGUCCACCCUGGGCUUCCUCAGCGGGACAGACCGCGCGGACAUGAAGAUGGCCAUCAUCGCUGAGCACCUGGGCCUCAGCUGGGCGGAGCUGGCCCGGGAGCUGCAGUUCAGCGUGGAGGACAUCAACAGGAUCCGGGUGGAGAACCCCAACUCCCUGCUAGAGCAGAGCGUGGCCUUGCUGAACCUCUGGGUCCUGCGUGAGGGCAAGAACGCACAGAUGGAGAGCCUGUACGCCGCCCUGCGCAGCGUGGACCGCAGCGAGCUCGUGAACAUGCUAGAGGGCUCCGGCCGGCACAGCCGCACCCUGAAGCCUGACCGGCGGCACACGGACCGCGACUACUCCUUGUCUCCCUCCCAGAUGAAUGGUUACUCCUCGCUGCAGGACGAGCUGCUGUCCCCCGCCUCCUUGCACUACGCGCUUCCCUCUCCGCUGCGUGCAGACCAGUACUGGAGCGAGGUGGCCGUCAUAGACGCCAUCCCCCUGGCGGCCACGGAGCAUGACGUCAUGCUGGAGAUGUCUGACAUGCAGGUGUGGUCCGCCGGCCUCACGCCCUCCCUGGUCACUGCUGAGGACUCCUCUCUGGAGUGCAGCAAGGCCGAGGACUCUGACGCCACCGGCCACGAGUGGAAGUUGGAGGGGGCGCUCUCCGAGGAAGCGCGGGGCCCCGAGCUGGGCUCUCUGGACCUUGUGGAGGACGACACAGUGGAUUCAGAUGCCACAAAUGGCCUUAUCGAUUUGCUUGACCAAGAGGAAGGUCAGAGGUCAGAAGAGAAGCUGCCAGGUUAUAAAAGGCAGGAUGACUCGACAGGUGCAGGGCAGGACUCAGAGAAUGAAGUGUCUCUUGUUUCAGGCCAGCAGAGGGUGCAAGCCCGAAUCUCAGACUCCCCCACCGUGAGCCGGGUGCUGGAGAGUACGCAGGACAGACUGCAUGACUGGGACGCGGAUGGCUCCAUUGUGUCAUACCUACAAGACGCUGCACAAGGUUCCUGGCAGGAGGCCACCCGAGGCCCGCACUCUGCCCAGAGAGCCAUCACCAUCAUCAAGGGGCUGGAGCCCAGUGGGUCUCGGGAGUUCGAGAAGGUCCUAGUGUCUGCAAGCGAGCACCUGCGGAUGGAGCAGCCCGUGGCCGAGGUCCCUCAGGCUGCCAGGGACCACAGAAGACACAGCCACAGAGAGCAGCUGCAGGAGGCCGACGGUACCUUGUCCAGGGUGGUGCAGGGGGAUGAGCUUCAGAAUAUUCCAGGGGAGCAGGUGACAGAGGAACAAUUCACGGAUGAGCAGGGCAACAUUGUCACUAAGAAGAUCAUUCGCAAAGUGGUCCGGCAGAUAGACUCGUCUGGUGCCGGUGACACUCAGGAGCACGAGGAGGUGGAGCUGAGAGGGAGUGGCCUGCAGCCCGACCUGAUAGAGGGCCGGAAGGGGGCGCAGAUAGUGAAGCGGGCCAGUCUGAAAAGGGGGAAGCAGUGAGCCGGGCCUCUCUCCUCGGACUAGCCUCGCAGGAGGAUCACACCUCGACACCCAACCCCUGACUCCACACACUCUACCAUGCACACAGGAGGAGAGCUGGACGGGGCCCAGGAGCGCGCCCGUGUUCCUCCAGGCUAUCGGCAUGAUCUCUGUAAGAGACUUCCUUUAGUCUCCUAUCCGCAUGAACGACCGACUGUAGACGCAUGACCUGCAGUCCUCAACCCCGCCUCUAGCAAGACGGAUCUGUCGGGAAUCAGGACAACCGCAGCGCGAGGGGAGAGAGAGGGCUAGGAGACCAGGGCGAGCGAGCGUGCGUGGGUGCAAAAGGGGAUAAGGGCUCUUUUGUGGCUGGGGAUGGUUUGCUUUUCUUUUUAAAAUUGUUUUAAUUUUGACUUCGUACAGGGUACUUUUUUUUUUUCCAACCUCAUCUGUAAGAAAUCCAUGUGGGCUUCCUGCAAAGAGAAAAAA